AUGGAAUCCGCAUAUGGUCGAAACCUGCCAGUACUCGGUACAGUCUUCGUGGCCUUGGUGUCGCUGCUUGCGAUCUACAUUGCCAAAAUCAUCAAAUAUCGAUAUGACUAUCGAAAACUUCAUGGAGCUCUCAAAUCACCCCCGUUCAGCAUGUGGUUUGGCACGAUCCUCGGGAUCGCUGGCAUAUACCAAAGCAGUCCUAUAGAUACACACCCGAUGUGUACGAUGACAUUGCUCUCACGCAAGUUCAACCUGGGAGCUCUGUAUUUCCUUGACAAUUGGCCUGCGGCUAAGAUGCGGCAAUUGGUGAUCAACGACCCGGAUGUAGCAGCACAAGCAGUGCAACAGAAGGGAGAUCUCGCCAAGUACCACGAGUACCCUGACUUGAUCGGCCACAUCGUCGGUCGCACAAGUAUGCUCAUCACUACGGGGGAGGAGUGGAAGAAGACUCGAGCUCUGUUCAACCCUGGGUUUGCCGUUGGUCACCUCAUGACCCUCGUCCCAGGGAUUGUGGACGAUACACUGGUCUAUGUCAAGAUGCUGGGUAAGCUUGCGGACUCGGGAGAAGUCAAACCGAUCGAGGACCUCCUCGCUCGUUUGACAUACGAUAUCAUGGGCCACGUUGUUCUAGACCACGACCUCAACGCGCAGACGACCGAGAACGAGAUGGUCAAUGGCUUCAACGGCUCGGUCACUUGGACCCCGAGUCCUAUGACUACCAAUCCGCUCAAGUAUCUGUACAAGCCGGUCUAUAAGGCCAUGCAAUGGUACUACACUCGUCUGACUGACGCCUAUAUCCAAAAGAUCAUACAACAACGUCUCGAGUCGCGGGAUUUGGAAGACGGAGGCCCGGUUAAAAAGUUAGCCAAGAGACCAGGUAUCGAUCUAGCGAUCGAUGAGUACUUGGGUCAAGGUAGAAAGAUCGGGGUCGCGGAUGCGCACUUCAUGCAGAUUGCCAUCGACCAAAUGAAGACGUUCCUAUUCGCGGGAUCCGAUACUUCCAGCAGCACCAUGUGCUUCAUCUACCACAUGCUGAAUCUGCACCCUGAGGCCCUGGAGAAGGUUCGCAAGGAGCACGACGAUGUCUUUGGGCCCUCUGCAGGGUCUGCCGAGGCCAUCAAGAGAAAACCAGCGCUGCUGAACGAGCUCCCCUUCACGCUCGCUGUCAUCAAAGAAGCCCUCCGCCUCUUUCCUCCCGCAAGCACCGCGCGCGAAGGCAGUCCCUCCGUCUCCCUCACCUACAAUGGCACGACCUACCCCACGGCCAACAGCAUGGUCUGGAUCAACACGCACACGAUGCAGCGCCGCGCCGACCUGUACCCGGACCCGGACUCCUUCAUCCCCGAGCGCUUCCUGCCCGCCCCCGACAACUGGCCCGCGCAGAAGGAGAUUGUGAGGGACUCGUGGCGGCCGUUCGAGAAGGGCCCGCGAGCCUGUAUCGGACAGGAGCUUGCCCUGGUGGAGACGAAGGUCAACAUGGUGUUGACGUGCCGGGAGUUUGACGUGGAGGCUGCGUAUGCGGUCUGGGAUCGGAAGAUGGGCAGGGAGAAGCCUGGAGAGACCUUGGGUGGGAAAAGGGGCUUGUUUGGAUCUCGCGCGUACCAGCAAAUGAAAGCCACGGCCAAGCCAGCGGAUGGAAUGCCUGCUCGAGUCAGGAAGCGACAGGUGGUGUGA